CCUCCCCCUCGCUAAAACCCUAACCACAGCCUCUUCUUCCUCCUCGUCACACAGCUCUCUCCCGGGCGCCUCAUCGCAGUCGCUUGCCGGAAGGGCCCUCUUUCACAACUGCAGCCUCGCUACCGACCCUUCAUCACAUUGUCGCAAACACGACCCUCUAGAUUGCCUGCUCUUCCUCAAGUCCUCCCUCACCGUCUCGGCCUCGCCUCCACCCUCCAUCGUCAUCCUUUCUCUCGGACACAUGCGUUGAAACAUGUCGAGAGAAAGGUUGACCACGUGUCGGGAAAAUCUGACAUGUGUUGACCACAUGUCGGAGCGUCACAUAUCAGAGCGUGUCGGACACGACACGGAAGCUCUGGCAACGUGUCGGUACUUCAUAGCUCGCAUACAGGAGGGAUGACUUCCUUGGAAAAGAGAGACGAAUGCAUAGUAGAAGGAAGUCUUUAGGGUCUACACAACUUCUAUAAAAGCUCUCCGUGAGGCAGUUCAAUAUAUAGUUCAAGCUGCUCAACCAAUACAUAUCACUUCACUCAUUCCUUCUUGCCGUCCCUUAGCAAAUUAGUACCCAUCCAUGCUCUUAAAAAUGAGACAUUCACGUCUCAAUUGUGCACAGCUUCGUUGUUCUUGGCUUCUUUUCGCUGCCAUUCUUGUGCUAUGCUUUAGUGUAGUCAUUUCUACUACUAACGAGACAGACAGGUUUGCAUUGCUUGCAUUCAAGGUUGAAAUAACUAAUGACCCUUUUGGGCGGCUUAACUCAUGGAACGAUAGCACUGAUUUCUGUCAAUGGUAUGGGGUUACAUGCAAUCGUCAACACCACAGAGUCACGGUACUAGACCUCCAUUCUCAAGGACUCUCCGGAUCCAUCUCACCCCAUAUUGGGAACCUCAGCUUCUUAAGAAAACUAUGGCUCCAAAACAAUAGCUUCAGCCUUGAAAUCCCUACAGAAAUUGGCCGGCUGCAUCAGCUCCAAAUGCUGUAUUUAUCCAAUAAUUCACUGACAGGUGAGAUUUCUAAGAAUAUAUCAGCUUGCUUGAGCCUCCUAUUUCUCCACCUUGAGUACAAUCGGUUGGUCGGAGGAAUUCCAGCAGAACUAGGCUCUUUGUCAAAUCUUCAAUUCGUCAACUUUGCUGCGAACCAAUUAACUAGUAGCAUCCCUUCAUCCAUAGGGAACUUGUCAUCUCUAGAGGCUAUUUAUUGUUAUCAAAAUGGUCUAAGUGGGAUUAUUCCCCAAUCUCUAGGUCGUCUCAACAAACUAAAGGUGCUCACCUUGGGAAGUAAUGGGCUUUCAGGUACCAUUCCACCUACAAUCUUCAACUUGUCUUCAUUGACUGAAAUCGACGUAAGAGCAAACCAGAUUCGUGGCAAUCUUCCUGAAGAUAUAGGAUUCACUCUCCCGAACCUUCAAGUUUUGAUCAUUGCUUCUAACCAGUUUGCAGGAUCAAUUCCUCUGUCGAUAUCCAAUGCCACAAAUCUAACACACCUCAACCUAGGAGGCAAUGAGCUAGUGGGGAAAGUCCCUUCGUUGGCCAAUCUCCAUAACCUUCUGAAAGUUACCUUAUACACCAAUUAUCUCGGGACUGGAGGGUUCGAUGCAAAUGAACUGAGCUUCCUUUGCUCACUAACAAAUGCCGUUAAUUUGAUGAUAUUGGUGAUGCAGGGAAAUAGAUUUGGUGGGACACUUCCUGCAUGCAUUGGUAAUUUCUCCUCUACUUUUAUAGCCCUGCGACUAGGCCAAAAUCUGAUUUCGGGUGAGAUUCUAAGAGAGAUUGGUAAUCUUGUUAGCUUGCAAGGAUUACGGAUGGACGAUAACCUUAUUUCGGGUCCAAUCCCAUCAGAUUUAGGAAAACUUUCCCAUCUUGCAAAAUUAAUCUUGUCAAACAACAAUCUGUCUGGCAUAAUACCACCCUCUUUGCAAAAUCUGCAGAUGUUGCUCUUUUUAAAUCUUUCUAAUAACAAUCUCAGUGGCCCUGUUAUAUUUCCCAUGGUUGGGAACCUCAUCUAUUUGGAUUUAUCUCGGAACCAUAUGAGUGGAGUCCUUCCGAUGGAAAUCAAGAACUUGAAACAUUUGGAUACUUUGGAUGUCUCAAGAAAUAUUUUGGACAGUGAAAUCCCAAGCAGUCUAGGCAAUUGUGAUGGACUCACAGUAUUAAGAUUGCAAGAUAACCUCUUCCAUGGACCCAUUCCUCAAUCAAUUAGCUCAUUAAGAAGCAUCGAGGAAUUAGAUCUUUCCGUCAACAAUUUCUAUGGGGAAAUUCCACAGUUCUUAGAGAAGUUUCAGUUUUUGGAAAAGCUGAAUUUGUCUUACAAUCAUUUUGAAGGCAUGCUACCAACUGAAGGAGUUUUUGGGAACGUGAGUGCGACAUUUGUUGCUGGAAAUGAAAAGCUCUGUGGAGGAAUGCCUAUCUUUGAGCUUCCCAAGUGUGUUUCUCAAAACUCCAAAAGUAGAGGGCGAGUCCAUAAGUUGAAACUUACCAUUGCUAUUGUUCUUGGUCUUCUCGGUCUUCUCGGAAUAACUCUCGUUGUCACUUUCCUAUGUCUGCGUUGGUUGAAGCAAAGAAGAAAUGAGCCAAUUUCAAGCUCCUUAAGUGAUUCAUUGUUUAAUCUAUCUUAUGGAACUCUCCUAAAAGCGACUAAUGGUUUUUCUUCAACUAAUUUGAUUGGGGUCGGAAGUUUUGGGUCUGUCUACAAGGGGCUGCUCCAAGAGAAUGGAAAUGUCAUUGCGGUGAAAGUGCUUAAUUUAACGCGGCAUGGUGCACUCAAGAGCUUCAAAGCUGAGUGCGAAGCGUUAAAGAGUAUAAAACACAGAAAUCUUCUCAAAGUCUUGACAGCGUGCUCAGGCGUUGAUUAUAAGGGUGAUGAGUUUAAGGCUUUAGUUUAUGAGUUCAUGAUCAAUGGCAACCUAGAAGAGUGGUUGCACCCAAAUCCAGCUCCAAAUGUUGCGGAUGGGCACUUGAAGAAAUUGAGUCUCCUCCAAAGGAUAAACAUUUCCAUAGAUGUUGCUUUUGCAUUAGAUUAUCUCCACAAUCAAUGCGAAAGCCCAAUUAUUCAUUGUGAUCUAAAGCCAAGCAAUGUCCUUCUAGAUGCUGACAUGGUUGGACAUGUUGGUGACUUUGGGUUGACGAAGAUUGUCCUUGAAUCCAUGUUUGACACUAGAGCAAGUAUGAGCUCUGUUGGUUUAAAAGGAACAAUUGGUUAUACCGCUCCCGAAUAUGCUAACGGAAGUCCAGUCUCAAGAGAAGGCGAUGUUUACAGUUACGGCAUUCUCUUAUUAGAGAUGUUCACGGGAUUAAGUCCCACUAGCGACAUGUUCAGAGAUAAUUUGAGUCUUCAUAAUUAUGUUGACAAGGCUCUGCCCCUACAAGCUAAGGAGAUUACCGAUCCCGUGCUGUUUCACGAAGGAGAAGGCCACAACAGUUCCCAAGAUUUGCCUCACGAAAGAAACUGCAUACUUCAGGAAUGUCUGGAAACAAUAUAUUAUAUUGGACUCGCUUGCUCUGUGGAGGAGCCUCGAAGACGCAUGAGAAUCAACAAAGUCGCAACCCAGCUACACUCGAUCAAGAAGAAACUUUUUGCAGUUUCUUCACUUGGAUAGAUGAGUCACGUAUAGAUGACAUCAAAAGUAGUAUGUUCUUCAUUUCCUUUAAUAAAUCUCUCUAGUGCUAUUUGCGAAUGAAAAGGAAAGGACGAAUGUCCAACUUUCGUAAUUUCCCUCCGAAUCGGAGAGAGUAUCUACCCGACAUUCCAACUUUAAGCCAUCAAUUCACACUAUUUAACAUUUUUUUUAGUCUAAAUGACACUUCAUGACAUAUUUAUGGGAUAAAAAGCCAAAUUUAUGAGCUAAAUUCACCUGUAAUUACGGAUUCAAUAUACACUUAAAUGGGACAAGUGCCCUGUGAGCUCUA